ACAGCUGCUGAUAUUUGUCGCUACUUUUAAAAAAAACACAGUGACGCUUAGGGAAGAAUAAAAAUAAAAGAAUCUGAAAAAGUUGAAGAUAUAUAUUCAGUCUGCAAACCAGAAGGUCAACAAAGUGGAAAUGCACAAUUUUGAGGAUGAGUUAACAUGUCCUAUUUGUUACAGUAUUUUUGAAGAUCCUCGUGUACUACCAUGCUCUCAUACAUUUUGUAGAAAUUGCUUGGAAAAUGUUCUACAGGCAUCUGGUAACUUUUAUAUAUGGAGACCUUUACGCAUUCCACUCAAGUGCCCUAACUGCAGAAGUAUUAUUGAAAUUGCUCCAACUGGUAUUGAGUCUUUACCUGUUAAUUUUGCAUUAAGGGCUAUUAUUGAAAAGUACCAGCAAGAAGACCAUCCAGAUAUUGUCACCUGCCCUGAACAUUACAGGCAGCCGUUAAAUGUUUACUGUCUCCUGGAUAAAAAAUUAGUUUGUGGUCAUUGCCUUACCAUAGGUCAUCAUCAUGGUCAUCCUAUAGAUGACCUUCAAAGUGCCUAUAUGAAAGAAAAGGACACGCCUGAAAAACUGCUUGAACAGUUAACUGACACACACUGGACAGAUCUUACUCGUCUUAUUGAAAAGCUGGAAGAACAAAAAUCUCUUUCAGAGAAAAUGGUCCAAGGUGAUAAGGAAGUUGUUCUCCAGUAUUUUAAGGAGCUUAGUGAUACAUUAGAACAGAAAAAAAAAAUUUUCCUAACUGCUCUUUGUGAUGUUGGCAAUCUGAUUAAUCUAGAAUAUACUCCACAAAUUGAAAGAAUGAAAGAAAUAAGAGAGCAGCAGCUUGAAUUAGUGACACUGACAACAUCUUUACAAGAAGAGCCUCCACUUAAAUUUCUUGAAAAAGUUGAUGAUGUCCGCCAACGUGUGCAGGUCUUGAAACAAAGACCACUCCCUGAGGUCCAACCUGUUGAAAUUUAUCCUCAAGUAAGCCAAGUACUGAAAGAAGAAUGGAGCAGAACAGAAAUUGGACAGAUUAAGAAACUUCUCAUUCCUGAAAUGAAAAUUUCUUCAAAAAGGAUGCCAUGUUCCUGGCCUGAUAAGGAGGAAAAAGAAGUUGAAUUUUUUAAGAUUCUAAACAUUGUUAUAGUUACACUAAUUUCAGUGAUGCUGACGCUGAUCCUCUUUUUUAACCAACACAUAAUGACCUUUUUAAAUGAAAUCACUUCAAUAUGUUUUUCUGAAGCCUCUCUAUCUGUUUACCAAAGUUUAUAUAAGAAUGUGCAUGAUUUAAAGAAUAUACUGUAUCACACUUUAUAUUUACUGAAGGAAUUCAUGUGGAAAAUAAUUUGUUGAAAAUUCAAAUCUGAAUUGUUUAAGUAGGCUUACUCUGUACAGCAGAGACUAAUGGCCAUUGCUAAAUGGAGCAAUAGGGGUAGCAUGGAUAAAUAAAAUAGCAAGCUAAAGUUUAUUAGAGUUGCAACAAAUAUAAUCCCUUUCAUGCUUCUGUUGAAUAGAAAAUGUGUCAUCAAAAGUUAGAAAUGAGACAGAAUGUCUCUCGUUUUCUGAAAACCAGAACAAAAUUUAGUAAUUACUUGAUUUUGAGUAUUAUCCCAGUUCUAUUGGUUUGAGAGGUUGACUUAAUAUCACUGUGAUAUUUAAAUAUUCUUGUACCAAUAUUAUCUUUUAGCGUUAUAUACUGCAGUGGUUGGCUCUGCAGUUCUUUG